UUUAGUGAACGAAUUUUGGAGCAAUCUAUAGGAAUUCAAUCUUAUAUGAUGAAUCAAAGAAGGCUGUGUAAUUGUUAAGGUCCACGAAAACAAAAUAUGACCUGAAUCCAAAUAAGUUUCAUAGAAGAGCACAUUCAAAGUUCAUUGAAAAUGAAGAAAACUAAGGAACGGUCAAUGUCCAUUAGAGAAACCAACGAAUAUGUGGACGCAUUUAGUUCGAUUAAUGAAAGACCUGUUGAUGAUAUAUCCCUAGAAUUUUUCUAUAAACCUCAUACAAUUACCCUUUUAGCAGUAUCUAUUGCAUCAGUAAUAUAUUCAGCAUUUGUCAGAGAUGAAUCAAAAAUACAGGAUAAUAUCUGGUCUGGUAUCUGCUGUGUAGUUUUCUUCUUUCUUAUAAUAUCAGUCCUUACAUUUCCUAAUGGACCAUUUACUAGACCACAUCCUGCAGUCUGGAGAAUUGUGUUUGGACUUUCGGUUUUGUAUCUUCUGGCACUGCUCUUCCUAUUAUUUCAGAGUUAUUCGACUGUUUAUGAAAUAAUGUACUGGAUUGAUCCCAAUCUGCGAAAUUUUCAUAUUGAUAUGGACAAGGAGUAUGCAGUUAACUGUUCUGAUAUAAGUUUUGCAAAAGUGUGGUCUCAUGUUGAUGUAUUUGCAUGGGGUCAUUUUUUGGGCUGGACCUUUAAAGCAAUACUUUUUAGACAUGCUGGGUUGUUGUGGGCUAUAUCUAUUAUGUGGGAAAUAACAGAAAUAGCUUUUGCUCAUUUGUUGCCCAACUUCUUAGAAUGUUGGUGGGACUCUGUUAUAUUGGAUGUAUUAGUGUGCAAUGGUUUGGGUAUAUGGUGCGGCCUUAAAAUAUGUAAGGCUUUGGAAAUGAGAGAAUAUAAGUGGGUCAGUAUAAGAGAUAUUUCAUCAACAACUGGUAAAAUAAAGCGGGCUAUACUUCAGUUCACACCAGUUCACUGGGCUCCAGUUAGAUGGUUGGAUCCGACAUGCACUUAUAUGAGAUUUUUUGCUCUAAGUCAACUUGUGGUGUUUUGGCAAAUAUCAGAACUAAAUACAUUUUUUCUGAAACAUAUAUUUGAAAUGCCACCAUCUCAUCCUUUGGUUAUAGCACGCAUUUGUAUUAUUGGUGUUAUAGUUGCGCCUUCAGUAAGGCAAUAUUAUAUUUACGUAACCGACCCGAAUUGCAAAAGAGUCGGUACACAGUGCUGGGUGUACGGUGCCAUCAUGGUGACAGAGUCUAUGUUAUGUAUAAAAAAUGGAAAGGAAUUAUUUGGUCAAGCUCAAGUUUGCAAUGUGAUUGUAUGGCUUGUUAUACAAAUUUUAGUAUCAAUUGGAUGCGUAUACGGAGUCGUAGUUUACCAUCGAUAUUUUGAGGGGGUAAAAGACAAAACGAAAAAUGACAUACCAAACAAAGACAAAUAAAUGGAAUUUUUAUUUAUGUUAGUCAAAGGAUUAAAUUUUAGUCUAUUAGAAUUCCAACGAACGAGAUAUAGUAAAAACCAAAGAAGUAAGUAGGUACUUCUAGCUUCUGCUCCUAUUCAUCUGUGUGUACUUCACGAUCCCAAGACGAAGGGUACUUAACCU